AUGUAUUAUUUUUUCCUAUGUUUAUUAACAAUAACUAUUAAUGCACAUCUUUUAGAUAUUGUUACACCUAUUGAUCCAACAGAAAUAAUGACAGUUUAUUAUGUUGAUGGAUCAACUCAAAUAUUUACUGAUGGAAUUAAUUUAACACCUGACCUUAGUGAUAAAUCAGGAAGAAUCACAUCACUUAAUAAAAUUAAAUCAGACAAUUUUGAAGUUCAUUUUAAUUUCAGUAUAUUUUCAUCAAAACCAAUUAUGGGAAAUGGAGUUGGAAUUUGGUUUACUGAUACUCAAAUAUAUAAAGGAGAAUUAAAUGGAGGACCAGAUGUAUGGAAAGGAAUAAGUAUUUUAAUUAAUACAAAUGAGAAUAAUAAACAAAACAAUCCAUUAAUUGUUGGUAUUGUUAAUGAUGGAACAAAAAGAUAUACAAUAGAAAAUAAUGGAAUUGAUAUUGCAAAUGGAUAUUGUUCAUUUAAAGAAAUUAUUAAUAAAAAAGACUUAACAACAUUAUUAAUUUUCAAAUAUAAUAAACAAAAUUUAACGGUUCAAGUUUCACUUCAAAAUGAACUAAAUCAUAAAGAAUGUUUUACAUUAAAUGGAAUUCUUCUUGAACCUCCAUUUGUAAGUUUCAGUGGAAAAACAAGUAGUACUUCUGCAUUAAUUCGAAUUAAUCAAGUUAAUAUAAUUGAAGAGAAUAUUUACACUAAACAAACUCAAUUAAAUCAAUUAAAAAAGAAGAAAAAGAAAAUAUCAAAAAUUAUUGAUGAAAAUGAUUUACUUCCAAAACAAUAUCCUACAAAUAAUUUAUUUGGUGAAGCUAUUGAUGAAGACUCUAAAGUAGAUGUUGCUUCAAACCAAUUAUAUGACCUUCUCAUAACCCUUCAACAACGUGUUAAUAAAAUUGAACAAAUAUCAAAUGAAAAUUUAAUAAAAUAUAAGAAAAUUAAAUCUCUUCUUUCUACUUUUAUUCAACCAAUUACUAAUAAAACAGAAACUUAUGACAUAACAAAGGUUUUGUCUCAAAUUCAAAACCUUAAAGAAUAUAAUGACAUUGUCAUGAAAAAAGGAAAUAAUGCUGUUGAAAUUACUCAAAGAUUAGUUUUUAAUUUAAAUGAUCCAGUACCAAUUGAACAACAACAUCAUCCAAUCUUUUGGUUUAUUGUUGUUAUUACACAUCUUCUUAUUUGUGGUUGUAUGGCAUUUCUUUAUUUCCACCAUCGUUCAAAGGUUAGUUAUAAAACGUUGUAG